AUGACAUCACUAAACAAUACUGGCGGUAAAAAACAACUAACUAUCCUGGUGGCACCGGGUGGUUUUGUCGGUCCGCUAAUGUCGGCCAUCGGCAUCGGCGAAGUGUUGCGCGACAGUGGCCAUCGGGUAGUGUUUGCCGUUAGGGCCGAUUGGCGCGAAAAACUUGUGAAAUUGGAUUUUGAAGUGGAACUGAUUGGCGAUAAGGAACAGGUAGUCAAAGAUUCAGUUGAAGCCAAUGUAGAGCUGGCACAGGUACUCAUUGGUAAUGAAAGUCUAUUGGAAAAAGCGAUUAAAUCGUUUGAAGGUUACGAUGAAUGGAUACCUCUUGUGGAAGCAGAUGAGCCCUACUAUAGGGAUAUUAUUGAUCGGGUCGGACCUGAUUGCAUAAUCUGCGAACAUAUAACUAUGUCGCCUACGAUAAUCAACUCCGGGUGCGUUACAGUGUUUUAUCAGAGUAACAGUGCUCUGGCUAUGGACAUGUAUAUCGAUGAUCCUCGUUUACCGCCAUCACAAUUAGGACUGUCACUUAAUAGUGACAAACAAUUGUGGAAAGACUAUAGAAGUCAACUGACAAAAGCAAAACAAAAAACUUUCCAACUGUGGAACAGUUGGCUUCAAUCACAUGGAUGUCCGCCAUUAAAAGAGAAUCAGUUUUUAUAUCCGUCAUCCUAUGCUAACUUAUAUUUGACGCCCAAAGAGCUAGACUACACCGAUAUUAGGCCACUGCCCGACAAUUACUAUCAGUUUGACUAUUUUAAGCGAACAGCCAAUGAUGAUGUGUUUGAACUACCGGAUCAAUUGAAACAUAAAUCAGGAAAAUUAGUUUACCUGUCGAUGGGAUCGAUGGGCAGUUCAGACGUUGAACUAAUGAAACGUUUGGUCGGUAUGUUAGCCAACUCAGAGCACAGGAUUAUUGUAUCGAAAGGUGUCAAUCACGACAAGUAUGAGUUAGCGGACAACAUGUGGGGCGAGAGGUUUGUACCGCAAGUAAAGGUGUUGCCAAUUGUCGACCUAUUCAUAACACACGGCGGAAAUAACUCGAUUACCGAAUGUAUGUAUUUCGGUAAACCUAUGAUAGUGCUACCACUGUUUUUCGAUCAGUUCGAUAACGCACAGAUAGUCGAGGACAGGGGUUACGGCAUACGACUCAAUCCAUACGAGUGCUCUGAACAACAGUUAUUGCAAUCAAUUGAUAAGUUAUUAAAUGACAAACAAUUGGCUGAAAAGUUAGAAAAAGUUUCUAAAAGAAUACAAACUGAGAAACAAAUUGAAAAAAUACCAGAA